AUGCCUGCGGUCGGCAAGAAACCCAGCAAAGUGCUGCGCAAGCUCAAGAAGGAGUUUGAAGACAGCAAGCGGAGCCUUCAUAGGCUGAGAGAGAAGUUUGCAGAUGGCUUGAGCAAGGGACUCGAGCGCAAAUGGGUGUCGAGGACCAACAAAGCUGAAGCUGCCCUGAGAGAGGCCAGAGUAGCAGCUGGUGUCGAACCUGGAAAGCCAGAAUUUCUCAAGGAGCCGAAUAGCAAUACGCCAGCUACCGGUAAGCCAGCGCCAGCAGGGUCACAAAGCCAUGGCAAGUGUAAAGCCGACAAAGAUCUCGACACGGAAGUCAAAUCUAAAAGGCUGAAGUCCAAUGCGCCAGCUGGGGAGCCAUGCGAGCCGGUUGCAAAGCCCAAAGCGAAGCGUAGAGCAGUCGAUACGUGUGACGGGGAGAUGGAAGCCCGGAAGAGGGCCAAGCACGAGUUUUAUCAGCCGAUGGGCCUCACCAACCACAAACUGGCCUGUUUCUCGAACGUCGUCAUCCAGACUAUAGGGGCGGCGACGCAUGACCAGAAUCUGGAUACUCUAUUUGGUCGUCCGAGCAUUGUUGAGACAUUCGAGAUGACUACUGCAUCGUUGCGGAGAUGCGGCAAGUCGAGUCGUCUGUCCACGAGACAGCUCAAGGACGAGCGCGAAAAGCUUCGGACUAAGGUGAAAAGCUCUGCUGCGGCUGGUGAGAGAAGUAAGGUCAGCGUUACAAAGCACCUUCGUCUGCUUCUGCAGGAUAUGAAGACAGCCAGCAAGGAUGCGGCGGCUUGCCCUUACCUCUUACAGAACGUGCUUGCUUUUGGUGGCCCUGAACAAGAACGUCACUUGCGCGAGAAGAUGAGUGGCGACAGCCAAGAAGACUGUCAUGAGUACUUCACUACCAUCAUGAAUGCUCUGCAAGUGGAUCCUUUGGCGCAUAAUGCAGCUGGUGUAAAUGCACUGUUCGAGCUGGAGACUGAGACGCGCGACAUCUGCCAAAGUGACUGCGGUUAUAAGGCGGACGAGGAGUCUUCGGGCCUGCAAACGUUGAUUGAAACCUCGCUGAAGAGUGAAAGCGACCGCUUAUGCACUGGUUGCAAGACUAGCACCAUCAGACGGGAGACAACAGCCGUGAGGGCGCCACAGGAAUUAGUGGUCAAAGUUGAUCGUCUGUCCUUCGAUCAGAAGAGAAAGCGUGUCCUGAAGAGCGAGGCGGCGAUUGAUUUUUCGCCCAAGGACGACCUUCGAGUUGAUGGUCAUCGAUAUCGGCUGGAUGCAGUGAUCAUGCAUGACGGGACGACGCCACAACGAGGACACUAUACCAUUCUUCGUCGAGUCAACAACACCUGGUGGCUUUUAGACGACGAUGAGGUGAUCAGUGUUGCGCAGGACCAGAUCAAAGACGGCACGAAUUAUGGGCAGUCAGCAAUGUUUCUUCUGAAGAAGGGCCCGGACGUAUGA